AUGAGUGAAAAACAAGAGUUUAGCUGGCGGAUUUAUGUGGUUUGCUUCUUUUCCGCCUUUGGUGGUUUGACCUUUGGCUAUGAUACAGGUGUCUUGGGCAGUAUCUUGACCAUGCCCCACUUUCAACAAGCCAUGCGUGGAAGAGAUUACUUGACAGCUCUUGAACAAGGCACACUUACUAGUUUACUUCUUGCCGGCUGCUUUGUUGGUUCCUUGUUGGCUGGUCAAUCCGCCGAAAUUUUCAGCAGAAAACGUACCAUCAUGAUCGGUUGUAUUGUCUUCAUUCUUGGCGCUGCAUUGCAAACUGGUACCAAUGGAUAUGCAAUGAUGGUCACUGGCCGUGCUAUUGCAGGUCUUGGCAUCGGAACGCUUUCCAUGGUUGUGCCUUUGUAUAUCAGUGAAUUGGCACCUAAGGAAAUUCGUGGUCGUCUCAUUUCCUUGCAGCAAUUGAUGAUUACCGUUGGUAUUAUGCUUGCCUUUUGGGUUAACGUGGGCACCGAAAAAUACGAUAGCGAAGCCCAAUUCCGUGUCCCUCUUGGUAUUCAAAUGGCUCCUGCAUUGAUCCUUUUCGUGGGUGCCUUUUUCCUUCCCUACUCCCCUCGUUGGUUGAUGAACAAGGGCCGUGAGGAUGAAGCAUUAGAUGUAUUGGCCGCUUUGCAUGGUAAAGGUGAUAAGAACCACCCUGGCGUUAUUCAAGAGUUCCAAGAAAUCCGUGAACAAGUCGAACAAGAUCGACGUGUCUCCAACGUUGACUACACUGAACUUUUCAAUGCUCGUAACCGUAGACGUUUGCUCCUUGGUAUCCUCAUUCAGGUGAUGCAACAAUUCACUGGUAUCAACAGCAUUAUGUAUUAUGCACCUUUGAUCUUCAAGCAAACCGGUAUUUCGGAUAACUCUGCCACUUUGAUUGCUUCGGGUGUCAAUGGUGUGCUCAAUAUGCUUGCCACCAUCCCUGCCAUUUUGUUCCUUGACAAGCUUGGUCGUCGUAAGACUUUGAUGAGUGGUGCUCUCUUCAUGGCUGCUGCCAUGUUGCUUUGUGGUAUCGUUAUGGGUGCCUGUGGUGAAGUAUACUGGGACGAGACUGAACAAAAGAACAACAUCUAUAUGGGUAACAACGUCCAUGCUUCGUACUUUUCCAUCGUCAUGGUCUACUUUUUCGUUGCUGGAUUUGCCACUUCCUGGGGUCCUGUUGGCUGGGUUUAUCCUGCCGAGAUUUUCCCUCUUAACGUUCGUGCCAAGGGUACAUCACUCAGCACUGCUGCUAACUGGCUCAUGAACUUUGUGAUCUCCCAAAUUGUGCCUGUCAUGCUUGCAUCCAUCACAUGGGGAACAUACAUCUUUUUCGGUUGCUGUUGCCUUGUGAUGACUUGUUGCGUUUUCCUCUUUUAUCCUGAGACCAAGGGCUAUUCGCUUGAAGAAAUGGACGAAAUUUUCAAGGGAUCAGUAUUUGCUUUCCGCGCCAAGAAUAUCGUGGUGACUCACUCAAUUGGCAACGAGGAAAAGGCAGCUUCGGUUGAUGCCAAGGAGUAG